AUGCCUGGAUCACGUGUCGCUCGAUACGAACCAUUUUUGAAUCAUAGCGAGGAGCUAGCCAUACCACUUGCGGUAACGUCCAAGGAUAUGACGAGACAACCUAGACUGCAGCUCAUCUUGACAGUCAUCCAACUAUCAUAUAUGCUAGGUUACAUGGAAGGAACUGAUACACGCAUCAAGAUUGUCUAUCCUUCGCACUGGCAUCAGAGUCGAACUGCAUUCGGAUUUCCUUUUCACUUCAAAGCUUUCUACAUGCCAGUACUGGCGGACUGGAAGACAAGCGCUCCAACACUGAAAAGCUGGCAAUACUUGAGUACAGCUCACUAUGAAAUUCCUCGUUACGUGAAAGAGGGUUAUUGGAUCCCUCAAGCAUUCAAGUCCUACUGCACCAAAGAAGCCGCAUCCAAGUCCUACGCAGAAACAAUACAUGCGUUCACCCACGAGGAUUUCUCUAAAGACACGCAGGAUUCUAUUCGACAACACUUUACUCUGAGUGGAAAAUACUAUGAUCAAGGGUACUUUACAGUGCUGUACUACUUGCUGAAUAUUUGUCAAUGUCUUAGGAACCGGCUCACAGAUCUCCACUGUCCCAAUCCAUGCUGGCGUCCAAAUGCUUGCUCCAGCGUCCAGCACUCGACAGGCGUUUGUCACGUGGUAUCCGACCCUACUCUUCGAUUACAAAUACAUCACCGACUGCGGAGCAGUUUACGCGGCAUCUACGAUCUAGACCAUCGAUGCGAUUGCGAUAGGAACUAUGUGUUUAAUCGCACAGAAAAUAAGUGUAUUCAAAUGAAAACGGAGUGCAGUCCGAAUGACUGCUACAAUGGUGGACUUUGUGAGUCACUGCCGGUCAACAGGCGUGGGAUUGGAGGAAUGACCUAUGUGUGCCAUUGUCCACCCGCAUGGCAAGGUCCACUGUGUGAGGAGGUAAGAAACCCCUGCAAGCUAUCUCACUUCUUAUGUGAGCCGUAUCAAUGUGUCCGUGACGUGAACAAUCGUUUCAAGGGCUACGCAUGUACCUGUCCACCAGGAACGCGAAGCAUGAGCCACACCAAUCCACGAUGUGUGAAUAUCAAUGAAUGUAAAGAGUUGACAUCCCCAUGUUUGAACGGCGGUAUCUGCGUGGAUCGAGAACCACCUGCAGCAAACGCACCUGUCAAAGAGGGAGAGCCCUAUGGAUACGCAUGCUUGUGUCGAUUCGGAUAUACCGGAGCACGAUGCGAACGCCCACCGCCACGGCUACAUUGGUCAGGCUGGAGCAGGUGGUCGAAAUGUUCGGCUUCUUGUGGUUUGGGCUACCAUACACGUUAUCGCACCUGUCCUCUUCCGAACCGUUGCGAUGGACGCCGGACUGAGACUGGAAGGUGCUUGGGUGCGGUAACCUACUGCUCAGAUGUUGUCGGGGAUUCCGCAUUGAUACCCUAUGGAUUGGGGACGCAAACUGUCCAAUCUUGGGACAUUGGCUGGACCGCUAGUGAGGAUCGCAACCUGGACGAUGCAUUUUUCUGGUCCGAGACUGAAGACGGUUGGCCCAGUUUAUAUUACGUAACCGAAGGAUUCCAGGUUGCCGACAUACUCACAUGGACCAAACUCUCCCAACUGUCAAGACAAUGGUCAAUCACACAGUUGAUGAUCUUCCAUGCAGUUGUCUUGGGUCUUGUCACAGUUCCCAUUCUGCUGAUAUUCCUGGCAAUUAGUAGAACGCUUCAGAGUUUUGUACGUCGCCACAAAAAGUCCAGUCAAGAGGGGUCGGAGGAUAAGUAGGCGCGAACAAGACAAAGAUGAAGGAGCGGAUCAAGUUUCAAUUCGUUCAAGGGUCUGUUCAAAUUUACUAGCCCGCAUAAAAUUCUGU